AUGCUGGAAAAAGCUGUCCUUACCGAGGACUAUGAUCUAUAUACGGUGACCAAGGAUGGUGUUCAGAAAGCCGAGCCGGAAGACGCGGCCAGCACUGCCGAGGCAGAACAAAUCUAUAAAGACACUGUUCAUAUUCACGACUUGAAUAACUACCAAGGCACUCCUGCCGGUGAAUCUGCCAAUGAGGUGGUACUAUUCUUGAUGCCCCUUAGAAACGCCGAGCACGUCUUGCCCAUGGCUUUCCAGAACAUCAUGAACUUGACCUACGACCAUUCGUUGGUUGACAUUGCAUUUUUGGUUUCUGACUGCUCUCCUGGCGACACCACGUUGGAAUCCGUGUUCAAGUACUCUGUUUCUUUGCAGAAUGGCACUUUGGCCGACGAGCUUCUAGCAGCAGAGAGAGAUAAACGUAAUGACGCCGUGAGAGGCACAAACGACUUGUACGAGAAUUACAUGGACCAAGCUUAUAUGGAGAAUGUUCGCAAAGCGUACAACUCGCCCGAAACAUGGCACAAGGGCUACAGAACGCCAUUUAGAUCUGUUUCCAUCUACGUGAAAGAUUUCGGUCAGGUGAUUGGCCAGGGCUUCAGUGAUAGACAUGCAGUUAAAGUGCAAGGUAUUAGAAGAAAGUUGAUGGGCCGGGCUAGAAAUUGGCUCACGGCCAGUGCAUUGAAACCACAUCAUUCGUGGGUUUACUGGAGAGACGUGGAUAUUGAAACAUGCCCUGGUUCUGUGAUUCAGGACUUGAUGAAAUUCGACUAUGACGUUAUGGUGCCAAACAUUUGGAGACCAUUGCCCGGCUUUUUGGGUAAUGAACAGGCGUACGAUCUUAAUUCGUGGGUCGAAUCAGAACCUGCUCUAGAACUAGCGAAGAAACUUGACGAGGACGAUGUUAUAGUCGAAGGGUACGCCGAGUAUCCGACAUGGCGAGUGCAUUUGGCAUACAUUCGAGACGCAAACGGAGAUCCAAACGAAGUUCUUGAUUUGGAUGGUGUAGGAGGAGUUUCCAUUCUCGCCAAGGCCAAGAUUUUCAGGCAGGGCGUCCAUUUCCCGGCCUUUACGUUUUUGAACCACGCAGAAACUGAGGCGUUUGGCAAGAUGGCCAAGAAGAUGGGAUUCAGAGUUGGAGGGUUGCCCCACUACACUAUCUGGCAUAUUUACGAGCCCAGUGAAGACGACCUUAAGAAGAUCGCAACCAUGGAGAGGCAAAAGAGGCGUCAGAAGAACACCUAG